AUGCUGGAUAUGAGCAUCGAGGUGAUGACAGAGCUUGCAACGGAGGUAUUGACCUCCCCAGACAAGGAGGUGCGCGAGAGGGCGGCGGGCAGACUGCGUUUCCUGAAUUCCUUUGAUUAUUGGGAGAGGGUGAAGGGGUUGUUGCCACAGUGCCAGAACAACUACCUGCGCUUCAUUCUCUGCAAGGCGAUGCAUUUCAUCGUAAGUAACGAGUUGGGACCACAGGAGCGGAAGGAUAUACAGGUCUACGUUAUGGACUACUUGAAGGCGGCGCAGGAUCGCGGCGAGGAGCUUCCAGUAUACGUUAAAAAUGAGCUUUAUUCCAUUUACGCCUCUGCUCUCCACAUCAAUUGGAGGCUGACGGUCUUCGACGAGAAGGAGAAGCCGAGGGGAGUCGGAUUGUGUGUUGUGGAGGCACUCUCCGCGCGGCUUCCCGCGAGCGAUGUGUUAGACUUCCUACUAGAGGUGUUGACCUACUUUGCGAAACAGGAAAUUAUUACUUGUGUUGAGAAAGCGAGGUUGGCCUUUGUGAAUGAUAUUCUUCCGAGUUUUUUUAGCUUUAGUGUGGGGCAAAUUUCCUCUUGUGGACCUCGUGCGCUGGAGGUCUGCUGCACAAUCCUGCAGGUGCUCUCAACGCUGACCCCGGCAUCUCUAAUCACGGUGCAGGGCAAGACGGACGAGCCCAUCUUUAUGGGGAGGGCUACGAGUUGGUUUCCUGCCCUCUCCCUCGCCGUACAGGAUUGCAGUCGUGCCAUUUUGGCGAAUCCCACGCUGGAGGCGAGUGGCCAAUGUGCACGGUUGCUACGAAUGGCAUCGGCUGUCGACUGCCGCAGCGAAGAUGGUGCUUCGAUCAGCCUCGGACUAGGCGAUUCGUUUCUUGAACUAUCCGCUAAUUUACUUUCCCUCUAUAACUCCACUGGACUCUCUCACAUCCUGCAAUUGGGCUGUGCUCUGCUUGUGAACGCGUUUGAGCGUGAAAAAAGCCAGGGGGCAAAGUAUUUACACAGCCAUCCAUUCCUAAUUGAACGCUGGGCUGAGGCGGUAAGUGGCGUACUUGUCCGAUGGGAGGAGGAUGAAGAAGAACUUCGCCAAGAACUCAUGCAUUUAUUCUUUACUUUUGGUGACUGUGCCGAUCUUUACGCGGCCUUGUGCAGUGACAAAGAUGAGGUUGCAAGGCUGCUCGUGAACAGUGUUACGCGGGUAUCACAGUGCUACUUUGACAACGUUGUCGCCAAAGCUCACCUUACCGAAGAUUCCUACGAAAUACGCUCCGACAUGGGUGUCAUGUUACACAACGAAAAAACCCUUUUGCCUAUUGCAGAGAUGCUUUUCUGUCGCGAAAUUGACGUGUACUCGGUUAUUGUGCAAAGAUUGCGAAGCACGAUUGAGCAAUAUGGAGUUUGUGUGCGUAUCCGGGAAACUGGAGACUCCGAGGGGAUCGGCGAGCUCCUGUUGUCGCUCGCAGUGGAUGUGCAAUCUGUAUGCCCUGCCCUCACUGCCGCAGAUGCAUCUCUGUUUCUUAUGCAUGUCUGCUUAUCCCGGCUUUCAGUCAUCAUUUCUGUCGUGGCAAUUGCCGUGUUAAACAAUACAGCCCGCAGCAGUGACGAAUUAAUUGAAAUUGUGUCUCAAUUUGCACGUGAAUUACUCUCCAUGGAUGAUAAAUUGACCAGUGCACUCUUAGAAAGUCUUUCUCUGACAGAUUUGGAGGGUGAUAGUCCUGAAAGCCGUUCAAUGACUGGGAUGGGCAAGGUUCACAUGGGUAUAUUGCGCGCUCUUUUCUUUUUCUGUGGAUGCACCUACGAGUCUUUGUCUGAGGCGUCCAGUGAGUUUUAUGAAAUUAUGACCAACUUGUUAUAUUACGUUUAUGUGCACCACAGUGACAAGGCGUGUCUCACCAUUGAUGCAAAUCUCCUCCUUGGAAAGGUGUUAAUGCAGGGAGUCCGUGGUUUCUUUUUGGCCUCGGAAAAAAUGAGCGCUGUGCUUUUGGCGGUGAAAGGGGGACACAUUGAGCUGCUUCGCACCACCAGCGACAGACUUACUGCGGAGGAUAGAAAGGCCCGCUCUGGUAUGCUUACUGCCCUCAUCUUCUAUGACGAGGGCCGCCACUAUGCGGGAUUUCCAACAGUAGACUUCAUUCCUUUUUCCAUAGCUCGGGCGCUGGAGGUGGAGCGCUUAAAUACGGAUCCUAAUGCAAUGUUGCAUGACUUGAUUGCCAUUGCCGAUGGCAUUCAUCAGCCAGAAGUCCUGUAUUGGUUACUGGAUGCCCUAACCAAACGAAGUCAGGAGAUGGGCGACCUGCUGCAGGUGUUGCCUGAUAACGCUCCGCUACUGCUGCGGCUGGUUGCCAAGCUCUGUGACUUGGCAACAAGUUGCUUGCCGGACGACAACAAGUGUGAGUUGCAUUGGGGUUUGGUUGGAUUUGUUUACCUUUCCGUAACCGGGAUUAUGAAUAGAUUAGGUUUGUCCAAGUUCGAUGCUAAAGAGCCAGUGCAAGAGCUUUCACCAGAUGUGGUUAGUGAGACGUUUGUGUACAACGUUGCCAAUGCCAUUUACGGUAUGAUGAAGGGUAAUUGGUGUAACAUGGGCGUGGCAGUGUCUUACGGUGAUGAAUUUGUCUCAGCCUACAUGAGUUUUCUCACGCUGCUUUUUUCUACCCCUCCCGAACUGGUGAUGGCGCGCACGCCAUCCCGCGAACGGGUGUUUGAAGUCCUAGUGGGCUCCAUUUCUGCACAUGGUUCUUUUGGCUUCGAGAUAGAGCAAGCCCUUGAUGCCCACAUGGCGUGGAAGCCGUUGCUGAGGUACCUUCUGAAGUGUUUAAAAUAUUCCCUCGUGUUUGGUAUUCUAUUGGCUAUCGAUGCGGUUCUGCUGUCUAUGCGGAGGCUGGACGCGGAUACCGGCCCGUUUCUGGAUGCCGAAGUCGUUGCAGAGAUCUUUGAAGAAGUGGUGGUUCACAUUGUCGUUACUCAAAGUAUGGGGCAGCAUGAAUUGGAGCUAAGCUUCAGGUUGCUGUCGACGUGCUUUCGGUGGCAUGGACCUGAGUGCACUACGAGAAUGAACAAGUUGCUGGACUUCUGCUCUGCGUACCACCGUGUUCGUCUUCGCCAUAUACUCACAGUGCUUCACUCGAGUAUAAAAGAUGCGCUGGCGUCGUAUGCUUUGGUGUUCGGGAGGGGAGCGAGUGUUCAAACCCUCACUGCGUGGUGA